AUUCUUAGUGCGAACGCAGGGUAACAUUUCAUUUUUGUUUAUUAUUGUCCACUUAUGGCAACAUUUAGGGCUAUCAGAAUCUGAAAUUUGUUUAUUUGGCUGGAAACUGAACUAAACAGUAAUUUAACGUUUCAAAUUCUUAAUAAAGGGAGUAAAAAUCUACAAGCAAAUACUGUGAUGUUGUUUCAAAGACACACAAAAUGUUGAUAAAACAAUUAAAAUCAAUGCUUUUAAUCACUUGAUUAUAAAGCUUUUCUAUAAGGUGAUUAAAUAUUAGUGUUAAAAUAGUUGGAAUUUUCUAAAUAAAUACGUUGACGACAAUAAUAUUAGUUUUAAUUUGAAAUAACAAAAUGGUUGUAUUCUCAAAAUAUAUUGAUCUGGCGGUGCAGAAAUACGACAAAAACGGUUUAUCGAAGACCGUAAUUAGCAAUGUAAUACUCGGUGCUGCAAUCUGUGCCUAUACUUUUAAGAUUACAUAUCCAUUAUUCGGCAAGCAGUAUUUAAAUAAGAAACCCAAUGAACACACCCAUAAAAAUAAUGAUUGCUCUUCAUUCACGGAAUUUAAUGAUGAAAUGCUAAACACGACCGAGGAUGAAGACUCCAAAUUGGCUGAAGCAGAAAAGUUGGUUAUAGCAAAAGAAUUGAAAAAACAGGCUUCACAUUUAGAGCCUGGCCUUAACAAAGAAUUCGUACUACAAUUAAGAAAGCUAAUCAAAAUUGUCAUACCAAAAUGUCUAUGUUACGAAAGUGGCCUACUAAUCGUGCAUACUUUGUGUUUAAUAUCUAGAACAUUCUUAUCAAUUUAUGUAGCUGCUUUGGAAGGUGCUAUAGUCAAGUUUAUAGUACGAAAAGAUGUGAAGCAGUUUGCUAUAGUGCUUUUGAAAUGGUUUGGUAUAGCUAUACCCGCUACAUUCAUAAACUCAAUGAUACGAUUUCUGGAGAGCAAGCUUUCAUUGGCAUUCAGGACUCGUUUGGUGCGACACUCAUACCGUUUAUACUUCAAAAACCAAAAUUAUUAUCGGGUCUCCAAUUUGGAUGGACGAAUAGAAAACGCCGACCAUAGAUUGACAGAGGACAUAGCAAUAUUCGCAACCUCAGUAGCACAUCUGUAUAGCAGCGUUACAAAACCAUGCUUCGACUUGAUGCUGAUUGGUCUCGCUUUGAUGCGUUCCUCCAAAAAAAUGAAUGCCAACAUUAUCUCAGGCCCUACAUUAGCCAUUGCAGUUAUAUCAUUAACGGCACACAUAAUCCGAGUUGUCUCACCGAAAUUUGGACAGCUUGUGGCAGAAGAGGCUAAUCGUUAUGGCUACUUACGUCACAUACAUUCUCGCAUUAUAACAAAUUCUGAAGAAAUCGCUUUUUAUGGUGGACACAAGGUGGAAUUACAGCAAUUACGCCAAGCGUAUAACCGUUUGGUUAGUCAAAUGAACAACAUUUUCACACAAAAACUGUGGUUUGUUAUGCUCGAGCAGUUCUUCAUGAAAUAUGUGUGGUCUGGUACGGGUAUGAUAAUGGUUUCAUUGCCGAUUUUGACGUCUGGUGUAGGUUCAGCCAAAACAGACGCCAACGAUGCGGGCAUUAAAUUGAACUCAAGCGUUAGUGAGCGUACACAAUAUUUAACUACAGCACGGAAUUUACUCAUAUCUGCGGCCGAUGCUAUCGAGCGGUUAAUGUCAUCAUAUAAAGAGAUUGUCGCAUUGGCUGGCUAUACUUAUCGUGUUGCUGGUAUGUUGCAGGUAUUUGAAGAGACUGCUCAAGGUAUCUACCACAAGAAUACAGUUAUGGAAAACACUGAGAUGAAUGGCAUCAUUGAGUUCAAAGAUGGCAAACCAAUUGCCAAGGGCCGCAUAAUCUACACAGAUACACCAAAUGACAUGACCAUCACAUUACGGUCUGUACCUGUGGUAACGCCUAAUUGUGAUAUUGUCGUACCAAGUCUGACGCUUUGUAUUGAGCAAGGCAUGCAUCUGCUUAUUACCGGACCCAAUGGCUGUGGUAAAUCAAGCUUAUUCCGAAUAUUAAGUGGGUUAUGGCCAAUUUAUGCUGGUGAAUUGUAUAUACCACGUCCUAUAGAGGAUAAACCGUGUAUGUUUUACAUUCCCCAACGUCCGUAUAUGUCUACGGGCAGUCUUUGCGAUCAGAUUAUUUACCCAGACAGUAGAGAAGAUAUGCUACGCAAAGGUUUCACAGAGAAUGAGCUCCGUGGCAUCUUGAAGAUGGUCUGCUUAGAACAUAUAGCACAACGAGAUAGUUUUAAUGCUGUGCGAGAUUGGAAAGAUAUACUCUCUGGUGGAGAAAAACAACGCAUGGCCAUAGCAAGGCUUUUCUAUCACAGACCAAAAUAUGCGUUACUGGACGAAUGUACGAGCGCUGUUUCUAUCGAUGUGGAGAGCACAAUAUAUGAGAUUGCCAAAAGCAUGGGCAUCACAUUAUUAACGAUAACACACCGGCCCACCCUAUGGAAAUUCCAUACACACAUUUUGGAAUUCGAUGGUCAAGGUGAUUGGACUUUCCGCCAAAUGGAAGCCAACGAACAACAGAAACCUUUCGACAAUUUACAAUAAUUCUGCAGAAAUCUGCGCAAAAGUAAUUAUUUAUGUAUUUUUUCCUGUAUCUGAUUUUUUCACUAAUAUUUCUUUGAAAUAAAGUUGUAAAUAUGGCGUAAAAUAUUUUUGCACUGUCGCCGGAAAAU